UCACAUUCUCACCGCACUCUGCCCUUUCACACCUAACUGCUUGGGACACAAUAUUUUUUGCGCAAUUGCUAAAUAUUAUUUGAGCAAUUCUUUGUUAUUUAUAUAUUUAUUUUUCUAUGCUGGCCUCCCGACAACCGUAACCAAAGCGUCGAUAAUUAAUGAUCAUUAUUUUUGUCUGCAAACCUCUGACGUCAUUGUUUACACUGUGAAACGAAGCAGAUUAGUGGAGCUUAACUAGGAAACGAGACUGUAUUUAAAUAUAUAUCUAAUAAUAAUAAUAAUAAUAAUAACAAUAAGAAGAAGAAGAAGAAUGCUGAUGAUUUGAAAAGGGGCAGCGGAAAGCGAACGCAAAACCCCCAAACCAAAAAAAAGAGCGCACGCCGCAAGUUGUUCAGGAACAGCGCGGCAGCGUUUGAGAGAACGAGUCCGGUCCAGCUCUGUGAGAAGAUCCCCCUGCGCUUCACCCGGCAGGAGCGAAGCUGCGCAGUUAAAGGAGGAGCAGCGAGCGGCAAAAACCAGCUGCACCGCAGCCGAGUCAGCCUCCCUGCCCCCAGACAGCAAGCUGAAACACGGAGUGAUACUGCAAACAGGGAAUUCGCUGUGUAUAAUAUUCACAUGGGUUCGCUAAACCGUGACACGCGUUUCCCCUGCUGCAUAAAAUAAUUUGGAAAGGUGCUUUUGGGGGUGGAUGGGGGAGAUUUUUAUAAUUUAGUAUAAAGUUUGAUCUAGUCGUCGUCUUUAAAUAGUAUUGAGUAAUGUUGUUUUAUUUUUCCGUUGGGCUGCUAAAGUAAUUCCGGUGUGGGGAGGGGGGCAGCGUUAUAGUUGUGUGGUAUGGGGUAAGUCGAGAAGUGAAAUUUAAAUGGUGUUUUUGUAUUCAGUGUCUGUAUGUUUCAUAUGGUUUUUAGGUUUGAUAUUUCCUGUCAGCAAGCAUUCCUGUUUUUGUUUAUUACCGAUGCCAUAUUCAGGUGCUGUAAAGCAGUAAAAUAAUCCCGCUAAUAAAUUCUUAAAUGGGGAAACGGUUAUUAUUAGAUAUGUUUUUUGCCCCUUUCAUGGAUUUAUAGCUAGCUCUCAUCGUUGAAGUGAACUGAAGCCAUUUAAAUCAGUCCAAGUUUUGGAUAGCAAAUAUUCCUCAGGACUUUAAAAAAAACCAAAAACAACCACCUUUUUUUUUAAUAUACACUGUAUAAUACACAAUCUAAUCUGUUAGUUUAAUAACACAAAUAUAUUAAAGUGAUAAAACUCGGCAGGUGAAUUGUUUCAGAGCAGGAGCGAGUUAUAUAUAUAUAUCGCGAGAGAGUUUGGCUCAAAGGAGAUCCCAAAGCUUCUGGUUUAGGGUGAGGAAGGAAUGGCAGAUCGGAGCAGUGAAGCAGAAGGUGCAGCAAGGGGUGCUGGGAAGGUGGAAUACAAAGCAUGUGUGGCAGCCGAGAAGGGACAAACUGCCGAGCAGGACGGGACGGCGAGCGAAGCCUGCGGAGACCUGGCUACCCCCGAUGUAAAAGAUUCAAAGCCAGCGGAGAGCUCAUCUCGAGACGGAGAGGGAAGCGGGAGCGAAGAGGCGGGUUCCGGACCUUCCAGACCCGGAGAGGUCUUUCAGGGGGGCGAGGGACUGCAGCCGGCCUCCGAGGUCUCCAGAGAAGGGGAGAGCUCCAGUCAGUCUGUCCCCUGUCCGGAUCACCCCGAGAGGCAGGACGCCCGAAGCGGGUCGGAACCAGCGUCUUCGUGCUGUGGGCUGAGUGGCAAGGACGGAGAAUCUGUUGACGAGGGGGCUUCCUGUGCUGCUGCCCCUGUUGCAGCUGCUGCUAGCUGCUCCGCCACUGACCCUGUGCCUGCCUACUAUUUCGUGAAAUGGAUCAGCUGGAAAGGAAUGAAGACCCCCAUCGUGACCCAGAGCGAGAACGGACCCUGCCCCCUGCUGGCCAUCAUGAAUGUCCUCUUCCUGCGCUGGAAGGCGAAGCUGCCUGCCCAGACUGAAGUCAUCAGCGUGGAAGAGCUCAUGACUCACCUGGGAGAGUGUAUUCUGGCUACAAAACCGAGAGAGAAGGCAGAAGGGCUGGAGUUGAAUUUUCAACAGAACCUGAGUGACGCCGUGGCUGUCCUCCCCAAGCUCUCCACCGGCCUGGAUGUGAACGUGCGCUUCACCGGGGUGCAGGAUUUCGAGUACACCCCCGAGUGUAUCGUCUUUGACCUGCUGGACAUCCCUCUGUACCACGGCUGGCUCGUUGACCCCCAGAGCCUGGAGAUGGUGCACGCGGUGGGGAAGCUGAGCUACAACCAGCUCGUGGAGAAAAUCAUCAGUGUGAAGCACUGUGCGGACAGCAGCGUGGUGAGCGAGGGGCUGGCAGCCGAGCAGUUUCUGGAGUCCACGGCCACGCAGCUCUCGUACCACGGCUUGUGUGAGCUCGGCGCCACCGCCAAAGAGGGGGAGCUUUCCGUCUUCUUCAGGAACAAUCACUUCAGCACCAUGAUCAAGCACAAGGAGCACCUUUACCUGCUGGUGUCGGAUCAGGGCUUCCUGCAGGAGGAGUCGGUGGUGUGGGAGAGCCUGCACAACCUGGAGGGAGACGGGAACUUCUGCGAUUCCCAGUUCCGCCUGUGCCACCCCCCGGAGAGGGCUGCCCCCGCGCCAGCCCCCUCAGAGCUGAGCCUGCCCACGGAGGCACAGGGCACGGGGCAGCAGAGACAGAUCGACCAGGAUUACAUGGUGGCGAUGGCCUUGCAGCAGCACAGCGGGUCUCCACUCAGCGACCUGGACUUAGCCAAGCAGCUGCAGGAGGAGGAGUACCAGUGGCAGCAGCAGCCUCCCUCUCAGCCAUCGUCACAGCAGUCCAGGGGCCAGGCGCCAGCACGGCAGGCAGCGGAGCGAAGGCGUCCCGAAAAGAAAGAGGGUUCGGAAUGUGCCAUUUUGUAGCCUCCCCUGGUCCCCGUCGAAACCACCCCUGGAUGACAUCGUCCUGGGGUCCGGGGACAAGAGGGACUUGAAACUGCCGUCCUGCUGGAGCGUGUAUUCCAAAUUCCUUUAUCGCUUAAUGAAAAAUGAUUUAAUUAGUAUGAAGCCAGGCAUAACAGAAAGGCUCGACUCGACUAGUGCGUUCGCCACACUGAACUUCCCUCUCACAGGAUCUUCACAAAGGGCUAUGGUGUGGUCAGGCGGGAUGGGGGGGGGGCAUCAGGGAGGGGGAUCACCCCCCCCCCCCCCGGAUAUCUGCAGCGCUGUCCAGCAUACAGCUU